CAGUUGGUACCAGGAGAGCCAAGAAGCCACACACAGCUCUCCAUCUAUGCUCUGGCUCUGCCACCCUCUUCCAGUCUUUCUCUGCUUCCCUGUCACUGUUACUCCAGGAGACGUUCCCUUUCCACCACCCUUUCUCCAAGCAUCUCCAAGCCACUGACUGUACAUAUUUUGCUACAAGAGCCAUAGGAAGCGGGGAAAAAGCAGGAGACUUUUCAACACAUCAUUUUGAAAAAACGAAUUUUUCAAAAUGUUUGAGAACAAUUAAAAGGAAAAGGCGUUUUUGAUCUACCAGCGAAGCGAACAAUCACCCUCAUCCUGAGAUACCGUCCUUUUCUGUGGGCACCGGCGCGAUGACAGCUGCUUUUUCAUUUUUGAAUGUAAUAAACAGUUGCUGCUUUUAAUAUUUUUCCGGAAUUUUCCCCUCGCUAUUCUCUGGAAUUUUAACUCUAAAAGAUUGGAGAAAAGAUUGUCGAAAGGGCUUUUGCAAGCCUCCAAAAUGAUGCUGAGUCCGGACCAAGCCGCGGACUCGGACCACCCCAGCUCGGCGCACUCGGACCCGGAGUCGCUGGGCGGCGCGGAAGCCAAGGUUCUGGGCAGCGUGUCGGACCUGGAGCCGGUGGAGGAAGCCGAGGGCGACGGCAAGGGCGGCAGCCGCGCCGCGCUCUACCCGCACCCGCAGCAGCUGAGCCGCGAGGAGAAGCGGCGCCGCCGGCGCGCCACGGCCAAGUACCGCUCUGCGCACGCCACCCGCGAGCGCAUCCGCGUGGAGGCCUUCAACCUGGCCUUCGCCGAGCUCCGCAAACUGCUGCCCACGCUGCCCCCGGACAAGAAGCUCUCCAAGAUCGAGAUCCUGCGCCUGGCCAUCUGCUACAUCUCCUAUCUCAACCACGUCCUGGACGUGUAGGCGGGAGGGGCGGG